GUGCUUCGUGGCCUAUGUUGGACCUUAAGCGCCAGCCUUGUUAUACAGACAAGAUAUAUUCGUGCCUCAAUCUCUCCGUCCGUAUUUUGAAAUAGUCCUGUUGCUUGUUUGUGGUUAUACCUAGAUAUAAUUACUCUCAAAUUGCAGAAUUCGCCUUUCCCCUUGACGCUGACGAGGGGCCUGAAUUGUUAUAAUCAUUGAAGUCAACUGAACUGCAAGCUAUAUAAUGGCUUCAACACCAAGAAUUCCCACACAGCCCUCCGUCGAGCCGUCUCAAUACCAGCAUUUCAUCCCUCGGUUUAUUCUGAAAAACUUUUCCUAUAAGUCACGAAAGAAUGGCGGGAACAAACGGGGCAACCGCAACGGCAAGAACCAACGCGCCGAAGAUAUGCUCCAUACAAUCGAACUUUCGGGCCCAAAGGCAAAGAUCCUCGACACAACUGUCGCCCGCACACUUGGGAAGGUCGACAUGUACCGAGAUUUUGCAAAAACCGAGAAUCAGCAAGGACUUGAAAAACAGUUGGCAGACCUCGAGUCUCUUGCAGGUAGGGUUGUCGCCGCCAUCCGAAAGAGGCUUGAGGCUAGGAAUGAAGAUGUCUGGAUAACCCGUUUGGAGCGUGAUACGUUGCGCAAAUUUCUAUUUAUUAUGAAAUACAGGUCCUCGAACAUGCACAAGCGUUUUUGUCCUGAGACUUUCGAGGACUAUUCUUCCGAUGAUAGAGAGGAGCUGCUAGAAUAUGUACGCGGGAAAGAUUUCGAGAAGCCAAUUGAUGUGUGGUUCGACAACAUCAAAGCUAUGCUAGAGCUGGAAAUGGAUCCAGGUGGUGAGUGGAUGGAAAAAAUUAGGAAGCGCGCAUAUCCUCCUGACGCGGAAUGGUUUGUUCAUCAUACACAAAGUAUGUAUAUGGCCUUAUGCACGCCAUCAGAGCCCGAAGAUGAGUUCUUAUUGACCGAGAAUGGCUAUGGAAUUCACGAAGGACCAGUGAGUGGCCGAGUCGACCCUAGCACCGGUCAAUUUACUGCGACAUCCUACACCGAGUACCACGUCUUUGCAGUCAUCUCCCCAAGGCUAUUGAUUGUGUUACGAAGCCUUAUCUUGCCUAAUCCUAUGGAAGAUAGCUUGCAAGGUAUAAGGGAGUUCAGACAGACCAUGUAUCGGAUUUGUGCUAGCACACAUACCAAUCCGAACGAAGCAAACUCGAUAUUAGCGGAUCUACCGAUAUCAAAGGCUCGCAAUUCGUACACGAAGUUAAUGGGUGACAGUCUAGUGUUGCUCAAUGGCGAGGAUGGGACGUAUCGAGCUGAUCACCGAUUCUGUUUUCAAUUCUUUCCAAUUGCCAAUUGCCAUGUUAACAAGAUCAAUGGUAUUAUGCUCGAGGAGUCCCACAGUAUAUCUACGAUAGUCUUCGGGUCUCGCACCGGAGCUCGGAAAAUAUUCGAAUCCUAUCUGAGCGCUCCUGUGGAAUCUGGGUUUAAGACUGUGGGCGGUAAGCCAGACGACAGCAGGUUGAUUUUUCUCCGAAAACUAGAGCAUGUCGCUAAGCAGAUGGGAUCUAAUGUUGUGGCCGUAUAUCGCACAGCCAUCUAUCGCACAAGAAAUAAGACGCCUACUACUGACGAGAGUGACGAAGCAUUCGCUCGGAUGAUGGAACUUACCCCACCAGAGGAAAGGGGUGAGCAUAUGCAACUCUAUAUGCGACUUGGUGGGUCCUAUGCGACAUUGAUGAAGGACAUGGAGCAGGCCCGAAACAUGAUGAAUAUGAGAAUUAAAUUCGACGUUUGGUCUACGGGACUAAAUGAACAUAUCCGGAAUAAUAUCCGCGAGAAUCUCCGACACAUAUUUAGCCAGCUCCCUGCGCGGCGAGUCUGGUAUUAUCUCAAGCAUAUACGGAAUAUCACACUACGAGAUCGUUCUAUAGAGGGGAGUGUAAUUUGUGAGGGGCCGGACGACGUGAUCGCAAAAGUGAGCCAUGUGAUCCGCGGCGAGGCCAUAGCUCGUCUUAUGUUCGCUGUUGUGCUUAAUCAAAUAUCCCUCGCGAGUCACCCAGACUUUGAAUUCUACCCCACGAUCAUCUCCGAAGCCUCGUGGCGUAACAUUUCUAGAAGUAAACAGAUUAUUUUCAGUUCUGCAGGAAGUAUAUGUGAUUGCGGUAUCAACGAGAUAGAACAGAAAGCUCGAUUGUUACGAGACAAGCUACAGAAUCCGAGUUACCCCAAGACAUUCGCAAACCUCUUCCUACCGAAAAAUGCUAUGAUUAGACACCCCUUGUGGUCCGACAAAGAAAAUAUCGAGAUGCAGACACGCUUUCAUACUCGAAUCGUAUUCCCAGGCCUCGUAGAAAAGCUGGGUCAGGAGGAGGAGGACGAGUUGGACGAGGUGCUCUUCAAUAUUGCAUAUCCUUCUCCGUCACCAUUCCUCGUCUUUAACAACGAAAAGAAGGCGAUACAGGCAUAUCAAUGGAUUAACUCUAUGGUGCGGUAGCAGUUGCAUAUCUAUCGCUGUCUACUGGGAUAAGGGGAAAGGGAAUCGCUGAUGGUGGCAGAAAUGUAGUUUCAACGGACAAGAUCGUUCCCCGAGAAUAAAAUGUCUUAGUAUGUC